AUGAUUCACUGGCUUCACGACAUUUACACAUGCAGGCUGUGAGUCACUUAUUAGCUUCAACAUAUGAUGUUGAUGUAAACGUUAAGAAUUUAGAGGGUAAAACAGCAAGGGACAUCUUGCAAGGAUCAGAACAAACACAAGCGGGCAGAAAGAUCAAGGUUAUGCUACACCGUGCUAAAGCCUUAAAAGCUUCAUCUCUUCCUAAAGUUACUUCUUAUGCAGAUUACUUAAGGCCCAAAGUCGGUCGUCGUGAGAAGUUUCGAAUACGCCGUACUCGUGAACAGCAUACAAUAUCAGACGAGCGGCGCAAUGUGCUUUUGGUGGUUGCUACACUGCUUAUGAUAGUGACUUAUCAAGGAAUACUCAGCCCUCCCGGGGGACUUUGGCAAGAUGACUACAAUCCUGGAACCAAUGAGUCCAACACCAUAGCACCGAACGGCAAAAUUAAUACUACUCUUCAUUCACAGGAAGCAGGGGCUGUCAUAGGUUCUAGAAAAACCUCUUUUGGGUUUUUCAUGCUGUUAAAUUCUGUGACAUUUAUGCUUUCAUUCACGAUUAUAUUUCAGCUCAUUCCAUCUGGGUAUUGUUAUGUGAUGUUCCAAGCAGCCCUUUGCUUCCUAUAUUUUUGCUAUUUGGCUUCAUUGACAGUCAUCAAGGCUUCAACUGGGACAGGUGGUUUUUUAAUUUCUGGUUCUGCCCUGCUUUAUAAUAUCGUGGUACGAAUGGAAUUAACUAAUUGGAGAAGAUGGUGGCACAAGGCUAGUCAAUAAAAGACUGUAAGGUUCAAUGCUAAGGGGUCUCCCGAUUCGUUCCUGGAAGAGGAAAAGUAAUUAGUGGGGAUACCUCAAUGUUGGGCUAGAAGAGCUACGUACCUCAACUCAAUGAGAAUAGAUGGAAAACAUAAAGCUGUAUGCAUCGCAUCUGGAAUGUAUGUCAAUUUUUGUUUUUUGGUUUUCUUCUCUCCAAUAUCAUCUAUGCAUUAUCUAUUUUGGCUAGAAAUCCUACAGCUACUACCUGAACCCCUCCCUCCUCGUACCCAGGGAGGCACCAAUCCACCUAAGUGGCCGUUGGGAAGUUCAGGCUA